AUGGUCCAUACAUUCAUAAGAGAUAGUUUCUGGGGAAGAAUCAUCUAUCAUAUUAGCAAAAGUAAAUAUUUCAAUCACAAGGAGGAAAGAAAUGACUAUGUCUUACCGGAAAAAUACCUUGCUAGGUGGAGGGAGAACCACGAUCUGGUAGAUUCGCUGGAGAUGUACUCCUCAAAUAUCUCAGACAAGACACCUUUGCCCACUAAUAAAAUCUAUGUUGACUGGGAUGGCCCUGACGAUCCAGAAAAUCCAUAUAACUGGCCCCUCUUUCAGAAGACAAUUUUUAUUCUAGAAAUUGCUUUCUUAACAACCUCGGUGUAUAUGGGUUCCGCCAUAUACACCCCUGGUAUACAAGAGUUGAUGGAAGAAUAUGAAAUUUCACAGACUCUAGCAAUGCUACCCUUAACGAUGUUCGUUAUUGGCUAUGGAAUUGCACCAAUGGUAUUAUCCCCAAUGUCAGAGAAUGCUUACUUUGGAAGAACUUCUAUUUAUGUCAUUACAUUGUUCAUAUUCUUCAUUUUACAAAUUCCCACAGCAUUGGCUAAAAACAUAGCCUCUUUAAGUGUGUUAAGAUUUCUUGGUGGAGUUUUCGCAUCACCUGCCUUGGCCACAGGUGGAGCUUCAAUCUGUGAUGUUUUGAGUGUACCAUAUGCACCCUUAGGGUUGGCAGCUUGGGGAAUUGGUGCUGUUUGUGGACCAUCUAUUGGGCCGUUAAUUGGAUCGGUUUUGACAGUUAAAGGUGGAUGGAGAUGGACGUUCUGGUUUAUGGCAAUUCUUAGUGGUUGCACCUUCUUGGUUUUGAGUUGGUUUUUGCCCGAAACAUUUGCAGAUACGCUACUAUUGAGAAGAGCUAAAAGACUCAGGAAAGUUACUGGAAACUUAAACUACACUACAGAACCAGAACAAAAGAAUAAAAACAGGAACUUUAAUGAAUUGGCUAUUGAAACAUUGUGGCGGCCAAUCGAAAUCUCCAUCGUUGAGCCUGUGGUUUUUUUGAUCAACAUGUAUAUUGCCAUGGUAUAUUCAAUUAUAUACCUUUGGUUCGAGGCCUUUCCGAUAGUAUUUUUGGGUACUUACAAUUUUACAUUGGUGGAAUUAGGUGUCAGUUUCUGUACCAUAAUUGUGGGUGUCCUUCUAGCAUUCUUCUUCUACUUGAUCUACAUGGACAAGAAGUUCACGGUUAAGAUUUUAGCUGGUGAAAACGUCCCUCCGGAACAGGUAAUUCCACUUGCAAUUUUUGGAGGUGCAAUUAUACCUAUCGGUCUAUUCAUAUUUGGUUGGACUGCCACAGAAGACCUUCACUGGAUUGGACCGAUCAUGGGAGCUGGAGUUUUUACCUUUGGUGCGUUCUUCAUCUUCCAGUCUUUGUUCAAUUACCUUGGAGCUUCAUUUCGUCGUUAUUUGGCGUCAGUGUACGCUGGAAAUGAUUUGUUCAGAUCCUGUAUUGCGGGAGUCUUCCCGUUAUUUGGGCAUGCCCUUUUCAAUAAUUUGAGAACAGACAGAUUUCCUGUCGGUUGGGGAAGUUCAGUAUUGGGAUUUAUAACUGUGGCCAUGGUUCUUAUUCCAGUGUUGUUCUACAUGAAUGGGCCGAAAUUGAGGGCUAGAUCCAAGUAUGCCAACUAAAUAUGCAGUCUGUCUGCUUUCAAUCAAUUUAUGAAUACAAUUGUGACACUGUUAAUGAAUGCAGCGAUACGAGCGGCCCA